GAGGAGGGGCUGUUGCAGGUGGAGAGGUUUUGGCUAGUUUAAGUAGACUACAGUGGAACAUGGGAUGUAUCCUCCUAAGGUUCUUGGAUAGCUUCAGUUCGAUGGUUACCAGAUUAACAAUUCUUGCUAUGCAAAGGGCCUAUGUCAGUGAUGGCAAAACCCACCCCUGUAUCUACGGAUGGAAACACUUUAAAGCCUAUUUUCAAAUAUGCCCUUAAAAAGCACAUUUGUCUAAUUUGCUCUUACAUAUUAGACAAAUAUUAUUUCAGGUCCCUUAUUCUUUAAUAAAUAAUAGCAUGCAGUUUGGCCUUUCCCACAAGCCUAUCAGCAUGAAGUUAAUUACAAGACAGUCCCUAAUGCUAUGAUAUGUUUAAAUAGUAAUAGCAAAAUAUCACAGAAUGGAUUAUGUAUUAAUAUUUUAAAAUUAAACUAACAGAGUUUACUAUGAAUGCAGUCCUAGUUUAACAUCUCUAUAUUUGCAGUGUGCAGCCAUCAAGUAGAGUCAUUUUUAUGCAUUUAUAUCCCACCUUUAUUGUUUUUAUAAAUAACUCAAGCCAGUAAACAUACCUAAGUAUAUCUCCUAUUAUGUAAAUUUUAACAAAGGAGUCGAAAAAUCCUUCCUAUACACAUGCGAUACUCAAGUGCAUUUUGUCACUGCUUUGUGCCCAGCCUAGUAUAAUUAAAGCUGAAGUUCAUAAGGGGAGGCAGAGCUGUUCAUUUAUUAUUCACUAUGAUAAGCCAGAUUGAGGAACACGUGUCUUUCGAUUUCUACAAGAGCGUUUUUAGCAGAUGAUAGUAAAUAUGGCACCCGGUUCUACCUAUCAUAAUUCAUUAGCCAUGCCACAAUCUUUAUCCCAAAGGGGUUUUGACUUUUGUUCUGACUUUUCAGAACAAUUAUCUUGUUAAUUAAAUACUAGUUGACAUCCUUGACAACCUUGUACUUACAUUUCAGGAGGUGAUGAGGAAUUUGGUGAAGAGAUACGUAGCAGCAAUGAUAAGAGAUGCUAAAACUGAAGAGGGAUUAACAGAAGAGAAUUUUAAGGAAUUAAAGCAAGAUAUUUCCAGUUUUCGCUUUGAAGUGUUGGGUCUUUUGAAAGGAAACAAACUGGCUAAUUUACCACACUCUAAAACUAGCACCGAAGUCUCCUCCGUGACAGAAUCUGAUGAAGGAAGUGAAAGUGGAGGAAAUGAAAAACUCAGGAAGAAAAACCUCAGUCUUUUCAAAAUAACUACAAUGAUCCACCCAAGAGUGGUAGCAAAAGUCUCCAAAGCACACGGCCAAAGCAAUGGGUCGGCCGUGGUGUCCCCUGAGCCCACCAAGGAAAAACAGAAGAAAGUGACCUUUGUAGCUGAUGUAAAAAAGCUUCGGCUGUUUCAUAGACAAUCAAGCAAUAGCUCUGCUGAGCAGAGUGCAAAUAAAAUCUAUUCGAUUUCUGAAGAAAUUUCCCAUCAACAAGCAGAAGAACACAAGAAAGUAAUUGAACUGGGAGAUAAAUCAUUGGCUGUGAACUGUGAACUACACAAAGAGGAUCUCAGGGCAAAGGGCUCAGUUCCCAGUACUAAGCAAGGCAGAAAGGAGACUUUCAACUCAAUGCUGGAGAAGGAAACGGCUCCUCCGGACUGGACGACCACCGAGGGCUCAGGCUUCCCCAGAGAAAGUGAUUUGCUAAACAAUGAGCAGGACGUCAACAUCACGAAGGAAGAAACAAAUAUUCAGAGCAGCUAUAUGACAACAAGGUUGUGA